CGUCUUUUCCCGCUUUCUAGCUUUGGCAGACGAAAGAGUAAACAGAUGAAAAAAAAACCAUUUAAAAUACGCCAUAUUGUUGAUGAUUGUUCACUGUCAACGUGCACAAGAGAUGCAUUGAUUAAAAUAUACAUAAGAUAACGCAGUCAACUUUUUUCGUUUAUAAGUAAUUCCCAUUUGAAGUAGCUCGAUUAUUCCUUCAUCCAUAAGUUCGUGAUAUUGCCACUACAGGUCGUUGUUAACGCUGAGUUUCGUUUGCGACAGUGAGUUUGGUGAGUUUGCACGGAGUGAGGAGAGGCGGUAUUCGGUAGCGACAAGAGUAUAUACAUGCUCAGAAUGUUGUACAUCGACGAUAUAUACUUUCCUUCACGAGUCCUUUAACGCUUACAAACGCAAUGGGCUUUUCUCGACGCAUUUAACGUCUGCCAAAACGAGGAUUUUUUUCAGCCAAGCGUGAGGCGGGGGGCCCCCACGAGGAUCACGGAGUUGAAAUUCGUUUAGUGCCAAACGUGACGAACGCUGAGCCACACGCUUCGUAGAUAGCGCGAGAGAAACCCUGAGGAACAAGAAGGAGCUCGUCGAUGUACGACGUGCUGUGAUUGUUUAUGUGGAAGUCCAUUUGACGUCAAACUGGAAAAGUAACUCGCUGUCCUGCUGAGCCGCCUCCCCGCACGCAGCCGUCCCAACAGUAUUCACUUUUCUAGCACAACCCACGUCUCGCACUCCUGAUUAUGUCGGUAAAUUGGAGAACUACGAUACAGCAUUUAUUUGGGAACAGUUGUUGAGUAUCCUAACAAUGAGUUUUUCACUGGAAUCGCCAGAUACAAUUUUAGAAGCAUACAACUGAGAGAGUAUAUAUGGAAUCAAAAUGGCACGCAGACGUAAAACCGAAGUAAAAGCAUCUGAGAAAUCAUCUGAUAAAUAUAUACCUGUACGUAAAUCUAGCAGACAAAUAGCUAAGAAGCAAUUAGAAGAAAAAAAGAUAAAUGGAUACAUCACGCAAACAUCUUGCUCAAACAGUUCAGAAGAGUUUAAGUCUACUAGCGAAGGUCAUAGCCAAAUUCUUUCAAAGAAAAAUCAAAAUUCUCUGAAGAAACAUAACAAAUGUAAAGGUACUUCCAGCAACAGUGUAAUUGUAAAUAGUGAAUAUGCUUUAUACAAUGCUAUUCAACAUAAACGAGAUACAGGUGAAAGUGACAGUCAAGAUGAUAUGGAUAAUAUGAUUAAAAAUUCAGAAAAACUUAGUCCAGAGGAUGUACAGCAAGUUGUUAUUGGUAAUCCAAGUCCAAGCAAUGAAUCUUUAUCUGCAUCUGCACCUGCAUCAACCAAGGCUGAAACGUGGUCAGAAGAGGUCAUAGAGGAAAUGAUAAUCUGUGAAGAAAUGCAAGUGGAGCAAGAUGUUGGUGACAACCAUUAUUCUUUGGCACAGAGUGAUGGUAUAGUUGAAGAGGUAUUACUUGAGAAUGAAUCUAAUCUAGAAAACAAAAAUUUUGUAGAAUUUACUGUGAUACAGAAUAAGGAUGAUAACGAAUCCAUGAUAUCUAAGUCAGAAAAAAUUUUGAACACUGAAUAUCAUGCUAUUAAAAAAAAUGUUAUAAAUAGUGUACAUAUGAAUAAAUCAGAAAAUUCCAUAUCAGCCAUACAUACUGAUGAAUUGGUAACUUCAUGCAGUAGUGGGAAUAAUAAUGCCACAGAUUCUAAUACAGAUAAAUCUUACAUUAAUAAAAAGAAAGUUUUAUUAGAAGGUGGAAGUAGCAAAAAACAAAAAAAGACAAUUUAUGAUAAAAUUACAAAGGAAAUUUCAGAAUCAAUGGCCAGCAAAAUUUAUUUAUGUUCCACUAAAGAUGAUUCUGGUUCUUCUACCGAGGAAGAUAACUGCAAGCAGGAAUGUAAAGUAAACUUAGAAGCAAAAAAUAUGAACAUAAAUUCAUUAAAGGAAGAUUCUUUUAAUAAAAUAGAUAAUAAACUGGCAAAUAUGCAGAUAAGUGAAUCUUCACAAGAAAUACAAAAAUUAGUGAAUGAUCUGUCUAGUGUGGAAAGCGCUGACUCUCUGAUACAAACUCCUUUAAAUAUGGAAAAACUGUCUUCAGUAGAACUAAAUAUUGAUGACGAAAGUAGUUCGUCAAUAUUAGAUAAGAUGGAGCAGUUACAUCGCUCGAAUGAUUCUGUUAGUUCUAACGAUAAGGAAAUAUUCUCGAAAACUAUAGAAUCUAACAAUAUCAUUAAAAAUCAAGAACAAAAUAUUUUAGAAUCCCACUCUUGCAUUGAUAGACUUCAAUGUACAGAUCGAGUUUCAUUAAAAUCGAAAAUUACACAAGACAAAAAGAGUACAAGUCAGCAAGAAAAGAAUUCAGAAUAUUUAACAGCUACUGAUGAAUAUCAAGAUAGUGAAGGAGAUAAUAAUAAAAUUGAUAAUGAAGAUAUCAAACUAUGCAGCAGCAGUGAAAAUAGUAAUGAUACAUUAUCAUCCCUUACUAAUUACAAAGGAAGAGAAUUUGAUAUAAAACAUGCAAUUAACAAUACGAAUGAUGUUGACAAAAAAAUGGAAUUUAGAGGCCGUAGUGGAAGCACUGAUACAAGUUCUGAAAAUAGUUCAAACAGUUCAGGUGUAAGACGAAGUAGUAGAAUUCGGUCUAUUGGAUUGAUGAAACAAAGAUCUCGCGGACGUGGUUUGGUUACAAAACCUAAUAUAGACACCUCAAAAGCUAUUCUUCAGCAAGAAAAAGAAAAAGUUGUUAAUAAUACGAAUUCUUCAAUUACUCAGGAAGUAAAAUUAGAUAACUUUGAGAUUCAGUGUGAUAAAGAAAAUAAUUCUAACAAGAUUUCAAUGUCGAUUGAUACUUUAACACCUUUAAGUACUAGUUAUAGUAUCACAGGAUAUGAUUCUGACUCUUCAAAACCAGUUAAAGUAAAAUCCCGUUGGCGAAGAUCGAGUGAGCUUGAAAUGGGUGGAUCAAGUGCAGGAUUUGGAUCUAUCAUUGCUCCUGUGUCAAUGCUUGGAUCAUCUAUUGCACUUCAAUUUGAAUCAGGACGUAAUGCACCAAUAAAUAUAGGAGAAUCUACAUCAUCAGAAUUAAAACAUAAUGCUGUUAAUACAAGUAUAAAAUUUUGUACAGAAAUAGGGCAAAUUAAAGAUGUACCAGUGCUAUCCAGUAAUGUUUCUACUAUUUCAACAGUAGCACAAAUUCCAAAAAUUAUAGGAGCAAAGAUUUCGUUGCCAAUGGUUCUUGAAACAGAAGAUAGAGAAAUGGAAGAAAGACUGAGUCAGUUUGAGCACUUGUAUGAAAAUUUGUAUCUUACAGAAAGAUAUACAAACAAGGAAACCAAAAGAAUGGUAUGCGAUUGUUUCUUAACUGAAGAAGAAAUUGAGAGAGGAGAACUUGGUUGUGGGGAAGAUUGCCUUAAUAGACUUCUCAUGAUAGAAUGUGGAUCUAGAUGCGUAGUAGGUGAUAGAUGUACAAAUAAAAGAUUUCAAAACUGUCAAUAUGCCAAAUGCGAAGUUUUUCGAACAGAGAAGAAAGGUUUUGGAUUACGUGCUGUUGUUGACAUAAUGGCGGGCGAAUUUAUAAUGGAGUAUGUAGGUGAAGUUGUAGAUCCAAAGGAUUUUAGACGUCGAGCAAAAGAAUACUCCAAAGAUAAAAACAGACAUUACUAUUUUAUGGCGUUGAAAUCUGAUCAGAUUAUAGAUGCUACGAUGAAAGGAAAUAUAUCCCGAUUUAUUAAUCAUAGCUGUGAUCCAAACGCGGAGACACAAAAGUGGACAGUAAAUGGGGAAUUACGGAUAGGCUUUUUUAACAAAAAAUUCAUAACUGCUGGCGAAGAAAUUACAUUUGACUAUCAUUUUCAACGUUAUGGCAAAGAAGCUCAGAAGUGUUAUUGUGAGGCACUGAAUUGUCGAGGUUGGAUAGGUGAAACACCAGAAGAAGAGAAGGAAAAAAUUGAAAAGAAAGAAACAGAGGAAAGAGAUACGAAGAAGAAAAUGGAAGAAAAGAAACCAGCUGAUGAUUAUAUGGAAGACGAGGAUUUGGAGGAAGAAAUAGAUAAAUUGUGUUCAGGUGGUUUGAAAAACCGUGCGCACACUUUAACAUUAAGUAGGUUAAUGGUUCGUAGCAGAGAAUUAGAACACAGAACUCGUUUGUUACGUCUUAUUCAAAGUGGUGAACAACCAUGUCGAAGAUUGUUUUUGGAUUAUCACGGACUACGUUUGAUUUGGAGUUAUGUUAUGGAUAUUGGUACAAACGAAUCGGAAGAAGCUCAACAAUUUCGCUUAGAUGUGCUGAAGACUCUAAAUACACUGCCAAUACCAAACAAGACAAUGUUAAUGGAUAGUAAAAUAUAUGGUGUAAUUGAGAGAUGGGCGAAAAAAUUAUAUCUUUCCCCAAAUACUGAUUCUCCAGAAGAUGAUCAGAUUAAAUCAAAGACGAGCUGUGAAGAAUUAAAUAGUAAUUCUGAUAGCAGUGAGAAAAAAAGUCUUGAUGAACGUCUAAAUGACAUUCCAGAUAAAAGUAAUAACAAUAUCGAAAGUUGUUUGGCAGUUGUUAGCGAAGUCAAAUCAGAGAAUACAGAUCUUAUUCCCGAUUUAGCUUCUAGUCUUCUUGCUGAAUGGUCUAAUUUAAAAGAAGUUUUUAGAAUACCGAAAAAAGAGAGAAUUGAGCAAAUGAAGGAGCAUGAAAGAGAAGCAGAUCGAGGAUACAGAGAAGAAUUAGAGAAAGAAGAAGAAAAGAGAAUCACGUCGUACGAUAGACAUAGAUCUGAUAGAUAUAGUCGAAAUGAUAUAGACAAACGUGGUGAUAGGAGACGAGGACGAGAAUCUCCAGAAGCUGAUCAUAGUAGAACUGAUCAUAGUAGAACAAAAGAUAAAAGAGUAGAAGAACGGAGUCUAGUUCCUAUACCACGAAUGACAAAGUACGAACGUAGGCAAUUAUUUGCAUUGCAAGUUGCAAAAGAAGAAGAAGAAAGGCAACGUCGUCAACAACAAGAAUCAUGGCAAGAACAUGAAAAUAGAUGUUUGGCUUUGGGUAUAGAUCCUCAUACUACUGCCAUGGUUGACCCACAAACUGGUUAUCCUGUUUUUUAUAAUCCAACUCUAGGUCAAUGGCAACAUUAUUCCACUCAAGAUGGUGGAGAAGCGACACAACAAUGUACUCCUGUAUAUGUAGGAAGUGCUCCAUCUACUGGUAUAAUAGGUCAAAGUCCUCAUGUAUUAUCAUCAUCAAUGACAAAUGAUAUGUCAUCCGGAAUUACGACUGGUAUUCCACCUGGUGUACCACCACCAGUAGCUUACUCAUUAAGUCAAACUCCUGUGUUCAGUCAAACAUCUUCCUACUCUUUGAUAUCGCAUCCGCAACCGUAUACCGAAGGGCAACUACCUCUUUCAAACAGUUUAGUGUCUGUUCUUUACGGCAUUUCGUCUAUAUCAAUUAAAACGCUUCUUCAUAAUCGUAUCAAAAAUCCCGCAGAUCAACAAUUCUCUAAUCUUACGUCCGCGGAAAAUGUCACGAGUCGACCACAACCUGAAGUUCCGGCAAUAGAUUUGCCACCAAAAUGGAAGAGUGCGACGGAUAGCAGAGGUAGAACAUAUUAUUAUCACGUGAAGGAAAGAAUAUCGCAAUGGUUACCUCCACCACCCGAUCAUAUUGGAGUACAGCCAGAUUCGUCGUCUACCUCGGAAUCUAGUGAUGAAUCCAGUUCAUCAAAUGAGGAUGAUGAAGAUAUUGAUGAUGAUCAUAACGAAGAUCAAAGAAACGAUGAUAUGGAGGCAAGUAGCGUUCUAACAGACAGUUCUUUGAGCACAUCCAGGCCAAAUGUAUCUAAAAAAUUAAGUGGUCAUAAUCUGACUGGAAGUUCACUGCCGUUUCCCGAAUCUAAGAAGAGAAGAGAUGGAUUGGUCCAAGAAAGAAUUAUUAGUCCACGUAGGGAAGAUGAUCGUCUUGAUCAUAAGACGUAUAAGGAAAUGAAAGAUAAAUUACGACGACAGAAAGAAAGGACAAAACUAAAAGAUCAUGUUGAGAAAUUAAGAAAACAUAGACGAAGUAAUAAAUCGAAGUCUUACUCGCGACAUGGAAUGAACAAGUUGCAAUCAACAUCAGCUGAGAUGUCUCCUAUGUCAGAAAGGAAAAUUAAAGAUACAUUUAGAAUAAACAUGGCUAAUGUAAUGGUUCACUUCUUAAAUCCAUAUAGGAAAAAUGAUUGCAAACAAGGUAGAAUAACUAAUACUGAAGAUUUCAAGCAUCUAGCUAGAAAGUUAACACAUUUUGUACUUGCAAAAGAAUUAAAACAUUGUAAAAGCGUGGACGAAUUACAAUGUAAUGAAAAUGUUAAACAUAAAGCAAGAGAUUUUGUACGUAAGUACAUGAGCAAGUUCGGGGCAGUGUAUCAGAAAGGUACAGACGAGGAUUAGCUAUAAUUUAUAAAAUGAAAAAUUGUUAUUUAUUGCGAGCACACUUCGACUAC